AUGAGCUCUUCGUCAGCAUCGGGUUCGACCCGUGGGCGUGAUUCUGGCAAUACCCCUGACUACUUGUACCAAGUCAAACUAUUAACUGCUCUCCGGAGCGGCGAUCCGACUGUCAUUCACCCUUUCCUGGCGGAUAUCUCCAGUCGAAAAUCCUCGGAAGGCGACACAGAUGUAGGAGCUGCAGCUCUGCAUCUGGCCAUACGAUGCGCUUCAUGCGACACCGUCUCACUGCUGCUCUCCCAUCGCUCUAUUUCGCCCAACUCUGUUUACCCUCCGGGCUCAGGCACGACAGCUCUCCACCUUGCCGCAUCCAUCGCUCGUACCGACGUUGUAAAUCUGUUGCUUGAGCAAGACAACAUAGAUGACAGUGCGAGAGACGGUAACUGCAGGACAUGCCUAGAGGUAGCCAAGGGCAAGGACACCGUUCGUGCAAUCCAAGAUUCGCGCUCGCUCUUGAAUGCAUCAUAUCGCUCCCUUCUUCGCACGUACAUACUGUCUGUACCUACCGCGUCGCCACCAAGUGCUCUUCUUAAGCUCGUGUCAUCACCCCGCAUCCACCUCGUCAAUCUUUCGUACAUCGACGACGCUUCCGGCCGGACACUCCUUCACGAAGCAGCGAGACGUAAAGAUCUGCGACUUGUGGAGCUCGCGAUUCGCGGAGGUGCAGACGUGUUCGUGCGCGAUCGUAAGGGCAGAGCAGUAGGUGACGGCGUUGGGAAGGAUGACCGCGUGCGGGUGUUCCUGAGACAGUUCACGAAUCAGGAUACAACUUUGAUCAAUGUACCGUCAUCCGAACCGCCUGAGCUCAAAGGGUACCUCAACAAGUAUACGAACGUCGCGAAGGGGUACAACACGCGGUGGUUCGUGCUUAAGGACGGUGUUCUCUCCUACUACCGCCACCAGGAAGAUGAGAACGUUGCAUGCCGCGGCUCGAUCGCGAUGAAGACUGCGGUGCUGCACGUCACGCAGGGCAGCUCUGGGCCGCGCUUCGAAGUGCACGCGACGCCAGCGCGCGGGCACCAAGGCGCGCAGAAGUGGUACCUUAAGGCGAACCACCCGGUUGAGGCGUCCCGCUGGAACCAGGCGCUCCGCAGGAGCAUCGAGCUCGCGCGCCGUGAUGCGGACGGCGACCGAGGCAGCGCGGAUAGCGAAGCGCUCAGCUACAAGCCGCCGUCUACGAUCGGCUCGUUCGUGGGCAGCUACUUCCCUCGCAAGAGGCCGGGAGUGAACGGUACCCGUUCGCGUGCGAGCUCGCUUGCGGGGGACGACAUCGGGGAUGCGAACAACCUCGCGCGAGAAGGUAGUGGGCGGGCGCCUUCAGAUGACCAGGAGGGCGAACAGACGUCGUUUGCGGAGUCGACAGAGAAAUUGCCUCCGCAUAGCGCGUCGUUCGAGUUGCAGGGCAACGCGGUUGAAGCACAAGUGGAUCUCACCAGUAAGUUGCUUGCGAAUUUGCCACUCCCGUCGAACAUGCCUCCUCAAGUCACCGAGGCACGGAGAGCAGUCGAAGAUACAUUUGGCAUCCUGCAAGGGAUGUUUAGCGAGUACGUGCAAAUGGUUCGCGACCGCGAAGAGUGGUGGAAAGUGAAGCUUGAGCGCGAACGCGAGCGUCAGGCCAUCUGGGAGGAGAGCCUACAGGUCGUCGUGCGCGAGGGCGACGCCAUGGAGCGAGAGCUGCGCAGCAAGUCGCGCCGCCGGAGCCGCACGAUAGACGCCAGUUUUGCUUCGACCGGCCAGGACUCUGGGACCGUGAAGAAGCGUCUUUCUCGGUUGGCUUCACCCACCGAGGCUGAGGCCGUGACUACCCCAACAGAGGGUCCGCUUGCUGCGUCAACCGACCUUACUGUCUCACCACGGAUGCCUUCUGCUGCACAAAUCACUACAGGAGCUGGUGUGUGGCCGCUUUCCCUUUCACCCGUAGCGAUGGACACCGAGUCCUUUGCGGACACGGACGAAGAAGACGAGUUCUUCGACGCCAUCGAGACCAAUACGCUACCCAACCUCAUCGUCACGCAGUCGCUCACAGCUCCGUCUCAUGGCUUCUUCAUCACGCGCAAUCGUGAACAAUACUUGGGUUACGAAUAUCUCCGCAAGCGACUCGCUAUUAGUAGCGACAAUCGACCUCCGAUGAGCCUCUGGGCAGUGUUGAAGAACAGUAUUGGGAAGGAUUUGACCAAGAUCUCAUUCCCUGUCUUUUUCAACGAGCCCACGAGCAUGUUGCAGCGUAUGGCCGAAGACAUGGAAUUUUCGGAAUGCCUUGACGCAGCGUGUGCCGAGAGCGACCCUCAGCGACGCAUAGCGUUUGUUGCGGCGUUUGCGAUGUCGAAUUAUUCGUCUACGAUCGGGCGAAUCGCGAAGCCAUUCAACCCUAUGCUGGGCGAGACGUUCGAGUACGUGCGGUUUGAUAAGGAUUACAGGUACAUGUCCGAACAGGUCAGCCAUCAUCCGCCAAUUUCCGCCUGUUGGGCGGAGUCGCCUUCGUGGCACUACUAUGGCGAAGUGGACGCUCAGAACAAGUUCAUGGGCAAAUCCUUCGAGAUUCGCCCUACAGGAGUCGCCCAUGCUGAGCUCCUUCUCCCAGAGGCCCAGGCACCUCAUUAUCCCAAAGCGAAAGCUCCUCAUCUGGCAGGCAAAGUAGUCGAGCAUUACAGCUGGAAGAAAGUCACUACAAACGUAUCCGGCUUUAUUCUUGGCUCGCCCACCAUCGAUCAUUAUGGAGACAUGAUCGUCACGAACCAUCGCACUCAAGACCAAUGUUUACUUACGUUCAAGCCCCGCGGUUGGCGAGGGAAGGACGCUUAUGAGAUUUCAGGCUACGUUAUGGAUUCGGACGGCACGGUAACGUAUGAGAUUGCUGGACGCUGGAACAGUCAGCUUGUCGCUCGGGCUGUUGGAACUGGCAUCGGGCAGUUGCAUCCUGACGUGCCCGUGGCUGUUCCCACCUCUCCUUCUCCGACCGCGGAGUAUAUCCUCCUGUGGCGCAACUCGGUGAAGCCUCCUGCGCCGUUCAAUCUGACGCCAUUUGCGAUUACGCUGAAUGAUUGUCCGGACACCCUCAAACCAUUCGUGUCUCCCACGGACUGCCGGUUGCGCCCUGACCAGCGCGCAUUUGAGCUGGGAAAUUACGAACAUGCGAAUAAUCUGAAAAACAAGCAGGAGGAUCUCCAGCGCGUCACGCGGCGUGCACGCGACGAAGGCAGGCUGCCUCCUCACAGACCGCGCUGGUUCACCAAACGGAUAGAGCCCGAUACCCAUGAGAGAAUAUGGGCACCUUCUACCAUUGACUACCGUCUAGAAUAUUGGCUGGAGCGGGAGAAGAUCUGGCAAGCCAGAAAAUCAGGAACUGAGGCUGUCUGGAAGGACGUUGACCGUAUCUUCAUCGAUGACGACCCAAACGGAGAUUCUUGA